AUGUAUUUUUUUGGCUCAAAAUCAAUAAGAAGUUACGGUCAAAGUUCACGAAUGAAUAACAAAAUGCCUCAAAUGUAUCCGAAAGACUCUUUCGAUAGAUUCGGUGAUGAUUUAGUCAAACUUUUAUUGUCUUAUUAUUUGUUAAACAAUUUUGAGGAGAAAUCUCUUCACGAAUGUGUGUCAAAACAGUUCCGAAGAGUGAUUUACGACACAAUUAGUGAUAUCUCUAUUCGUCACGAAGUAAUCGUCAAAAUGAGAGCGGAAGACACGGAUCUAUCGGAUGAACAGUUGUGCCGCAAACUGAUUGUAUUUCUGCAGAAGAAGUGCCCAAAUGUACAAACA